ACAGGUACUUCAUGGUGCAAGUGGGAAUCGUCCUUGGAUAAGAUGAAUAUAUAAGCUGAGAUGAAUUCUGGAGAAGACAUUACGGUUUUACUCAGUCUCGUGUGGCUAACUAAUCGCACUUUUCAACAUGAUCGCUAAGGUUGCUAUUCUUUUCGCUGUUGUUGCAGCCACCCAUGCUGUCGGUCUUUUGCAUGGACAUGGACAUUUAGUGAGCACAGGAGCCAGUACUAGUGCUCGCAGCCAAGAUGCUUUCGGCAACUAUGCUUUCGGAUAUGACAUCGUCAAUGGUGUUGGUGCCGCUAACUCUAGAUCCGAAGUAGGUGAUGCCCAUGGCAACAAAAAAGGAUCCUACACCAUUGCUGACAUUGAUGGCAGGGCCAGACGCGUAGACUACGUCGCUGACGGACAUGGAUUCCGCGCUACCGUCAAGACCAACGAACCUGGAACUGCUGCCAGCGCUCCCGCUGCUGCCCUUGUCGCCAGCCCUUAUGCUGGACCCGUCGCCCCAGUUGUCAAUCAUGUAGCCCCCGCUGCUGCCGUUGUAGGCCAUGCUGCAGUUGCCGCUCCUCUGGCUUAUGGUUUGCACGGAGCCGGACACUUGGGUUAUGGCUUGCAUGGAGCCGGACCCUUAGGUUAUGGUUUGGCUGGACACGGUCUCCUGGGACAUGGAGCUCUUGCACACGGUCUCGGACACUACGGACUCCAUUAAGUCAAGAAUGAUGUAUUAGCUCUUCCUCCAACUGUGAUCGGAAACCUCAUCUCAUCAUUUCGUUCAAACAGAAAAUGUUGCCAACUUUCCUCUAUAAAAGCUUUAUUUUCAUUGUAUGCACUUCUUCAGUGACUGCAAUCUGUGAAACCUAUUCUUUCAAGCACAAGGAACUGGAAGCUGUAGGUGUUCUUUAAAAUUUUGGGAGCGUUUUGAAGUGUUGAAUUUUGUACUCACAUGUACAGUAAUAGCUUUAUAAUUUAUUUACAAGGGAUUUAUUUUAGCUGUAAAUAAAUGUUUUGAUACAAAACA